UGUACUGAGAAAAUUUGAAAUAAAAAUUGGAAGGCCUAGCCGACUCAAAAUUCCAUGCCGGUCCUGAAGUCUAAAAAUACCUAUCCGACUCAAAUUAAUAUGCUUCUCUUGAGCAACCGACCAACAUCUCCUGCAAGUUCACAUGGACUGAUUUCCCGUCCCCUGAAAACAAGCAAGGAAUACUUCCCAUGCUCUGCGUUGCCCAGGCUAGGAGGUGAGAAAAUCCCGAGGGUCACUUGUCCAUGAAGCCAACUUCAUGCUCGAAUCUAUUCUUCUCCUCUCCUAUACCACCUGCUCUGUCCACAGAAGUGUUUGUAUAUAUACAUCCAGCGCAAAUCGCCAUUGCCAUCAACACCACACCAGCAGCAGAAGCAUUCCGAUCGACAGCACAUCGCGUUCAGCCAGUUGGAGGGUACCAUCGAAGAAGAAGCCGCAUCCAUGGCCAGGGCCCGCAACCGCGCCUACGAGGAGUACGACCCCUCCGUCGAGUGGAGCCGCGGCGCCGAGGCCGACAGCGUCAAGAUCGUACUCCCAGGGUUCAAGAAGGACGACAUACGCGUGCUGGUGGACAACCACGGCCACCUGCGGACGAGCGGCGAGCGGCCCCUCGCCGGCAACCGGUGGAGCCGCUUCCAGAAGGACUUCCAGCUCCCGGACAACUGCAGCGUCGACGGCAUCCGCGCCAAGUUCCAGAGCGAGACGCUCACCAUCACGCUCCCCAAGAAGGCUCCCUCGCCGCCGCCCGCCCCGCCCGUGCCCACCAUGGGGAGGUCGGCACCGCAGGAAUUCAGGGAGUCGGCGCCGGCGGCGCCUCUGGCUCCUGCCACUUCCCAGAGGCAGCCCGCCGAGCACAGGCCGUCGCUGCCGAGGAAGCCGUCGGCUGUUGAGCCGGCGCCGGAGCUGCCCGCGCGGCUGCCCUCCGUUCCGACGCCUGCUGCGGCGGCCACCAAGCCCGAGCCGUCGCUGGCCGCCGUCCAGAGGGCGAAGGAGGAGGAGGAGGAGAAGAAGCGGAUGGAGAGGGAGAUGAUGGGGAAAAUGGAGGAGGACAGGAAGGCGGCGCAGGAGAAGGAGAAGGAGAAGGAGAUGACCCAGGAGCACCAGGACGAGGCGGCGAUGGGAGAGAUGGCGAUGGCGCGCCAGCCCAGGCCGGCCCCCGCGGCCCGCGGGCUGCUGGUGAACCUGGCGGUCGCGGCGGUGCUGCUCCUCGGGAUCACCGUCUACGUGUGGCACAACCUGCGGAACGCAGCCGGCGGCGCGGGCGGUCACGGCCAAUUCCAUGGGCACCUGGGAGCCGGGAGCUACGGCGACGAGAUGUGAGCAAGCUGAGUCGAGGUGUGGCGGUGGCGUGGCGUGCGAGUAGCCGAGUACACAGUAAACUGGCUAGGAGGCAAUGCAAGCAUAUAAUUACACAUACACACAUACAUGGCAGGCGUGGGGUACAUAUAACAUAUAUGGGUGCUGUUGGUUUAUCAUCUGGUGUGACGGUUUAAUGAGCUCAAAGAUGGGUAUUUGCUUGGUCGAUCAAGUUCAGAAAAAUAAAAUGAUACCCAAAUACUGUAUUA